GUGGAGAGGUAAUCGCUGCAACGUUUACGUGAGCGACGAGCUGGCGAGCUUCACAUCCAACGACGCACACUGCAACCUCUCCUCCACCGUCUCAACCCGACAUGGCCGACGACAAAGCUCCCAAAGACUACGGAAUCGGCGGCAGCGGCAGCGCGGACGGAGGCUAUCCUCAGUGCCUCCUCCGACGCAAACCCGGCCUCUCAGUGCAGGCAUUCCAAGCCGGAUGGCUCGAACACGCACGCUUCGGCAUGCCAUGGGCGGCCGAUUGCGGCAUGACCCACUACGUGCAAAUCGUCAAUCCGACCGUCGCUAAUCCAGCAGCAAUGCCUGCGGGCGUUGCCAUCGAGGACUUCGACGCCGUUGCAGAGAUCCGCAUUCCCAGCGAAGCGCCGGGCAGCGAAGCCGACAAAGCCAUUCGAGGCGCGUACUUUGAACAAUGCAUCAUCCCCGACGAGUGCAGGUACUUUGCGGGACCUAAUCGAGACCUUGCCGUUUGGAUUCCGCCUGGUACGGCGACGGGGAAGAGGAUUGAAGUCAUGGUAGAUGGGGAAUGGGUCAAAGAUGCCCAUGGCAAGCCUGUGAUCGACCUCGAGCAGUCGACCAAGGAUUACGAAGAUUGGAAGAAGAAAUAUCGCGCCGAACAUAAACUGUAGAUGCAGCUACAGUAUACACCUUACCAUGUAGGCACAGAAUGUUUAAGGGUGCAAGACAAGAAUGAAGGCGUCAAGAGAGAAGGGUUAGGGUUAUUGGGCACGGUGGUUGUUUUUCGGCCAUACUUUGAUCCGAGACCCUUGUUUUUCCGUUUUCGAUAUAUCAAAUGAAGU